AUGGAUUUUGAAGCCGGCUUCAAGGGCACGGUGCUGUUAUGGUGCCUGCAAUCGCUGGUCGCCGCGUUCAGCAUGUUCAUUGUGACACUGCAAUGCGGAGGCAAGAAAAAGUGAGUUUCGAAGGAGUUUCGACCAAUUUUUUGUUGCUUUUCUUCAAAAUAUGUGGUAAUUGAGAGUGUUUUGGUGAUCCUGGCCUAUUUUGCUUUGGUAAUCUUGGCCUGUUUUUCAAAUUGGUUGCAAUUUUUUUUAGGCCGAAGGGAAGGCCGGCGCCUAAAUCAGCCAUAAAUUCAGUCCCACCCGCUCCAGCUCCAGCACCCGGUGCCAAUCUGCCGCCACCCCCACCGGAUGCAGCACCAAAGCCCGCUCCGAAUGUGAGUUACAGAUAUUUUUUGGACAGUGUGGCACACAAAAUUACUGAUCGCUCUUUGUAUUUAGGCCGAGAACGCAGCAGAGAAGAAGGAAGAGGGCGAGAAGAAGGAGGUAAGUUCCGGCGGAAUUUUGAGUGAUUCCCGGGAAAGUUUCGGAAUUUGAAAGCGAUUUUUAUGGUGGACCUGAACCAUUGUCAAAAAACGUAUUAUUUUGGAUCCGGGAAGUAUCAAAAAUGCCGCAAAAUACCUCCCUCUCAAAGCGAAAAAUUCCGAUUUCAAAAGCGCGCCCACUCUUUUUGUGAGGGGAAAGGGCGCGCAUUUCAAAACGGAGUUCCUUUUUUAUUGUAGUGGGAGGUAUUUUGCCACAUUUUUGAUGCUUCCCGGAUGCCAAAUUAUACAUUUUUUUGCCAGUGGAUCAGGUCCCACUGCAGUAAUCCGUUUAUAAAAUUGCUUGAGUGAUUAUCACGGUGAGUGCGACAGCCCAGAUAAGCGUAAUGAAUAAAUACACAGCAUUUUUGUGCCAAGUGAAACAUCGUUUUCGCUCAGUGAAUGUCGCGAAAAUCACUCCAACAACUUUGCAAACGGGCUGUUAGGACCGUAGUGAGACUCGCUUAGAGCGCUGAUCUGAAAAUUUUUUCUUCUGUACAGUGGGGUCUGAUCCAGUGGCAAAAAACAUGCCAUUUUGCAUCCGGGAAGUAUCAAAAAUGUGGCAAAAUGCUUCCCUCUCCAAGAGAAAAAAACUUUGUUUUGAAGGGCGCGCCAUUUUUCCUGUCAAAAAGAGUGGGCACUCUUUUGAAAUCUUACAAGGGAAUGGUUUGAACUGUCCGUGAGCUUUCAACAUGAGACCCCCAAAUUCUGAAAGAGCGUACAAAGUUUAGUAGGAAUCCGUUUUCUAUUUUUGCCGAAUGGUCUUGAGAGACGAGAAAUAUCGACAGAAAGAUCCGACUAAAAGAAAUCAAAGAGAGAAAAGACGAACCGAAAGACCUAGGAAAGCGUUACCAAAUAGUCUCGUGGAAAAAGUUCCACGCACAAAUCUUUUGGCAGAAGGAGGUCUUGGAGGUUCGAGUCCAACCGAAACGGAUAUCCUUGGCUUGAACGUACAUAUCAGUUACUGUAUUCUAUAGCCAUGUAAAAAAAUUUUUUUUUUAUUUAUUCAGGUGUUUUACAGAUUUCUUUGCAAAAUUUCGAGAAAACUUGACAAUUUGGCAACAUUUUUGAGUUUUCGAUGAUGCCAUUUGUCAAUCUUAUGGUAUGUUAAAGAUGUUUUUGGACCAUUCCAGGAGGUGUUCCAUGAUCUUGCAAAUUUUUUCGGGCUUCCAGAAAAGAAUGUCGCCAAAUUUUCACCUUUUCUCAAAAUUUUGCAACAACAGUUGAAAAGAUUAUUUUUGGAUCCCUGCGUCAGCGUAUAAUGGACCGCGUGAAUAUUUACGAAAAAGUCGAUUUUGAAUCUUUUGGUUUAGAAUGACUGUAAACAUGUAUUUAACAAAAGCCCAAAAUAUUUUCCCCGAAUUCUGCCAUGAAGGUAUAAACCAGAAAUUAGGGGGUCCCUUCGGGCCCCCCUAUUUCUGGUACUUGUACUUAUUCUUUUAUACUCUUGCUUUUUGAAUUUUCUCAAAAGCUUUUGAUUUUUUUUUGUAAUUUUUUUGAAAGGCUCGGGGCCGGCGGCCCUUCGCACGCGGUGCCAUGCUUAACUCCAGUACUCAAGCUCUAAAUUUAUACCUGAAAGGUAUAAAUUUGCGUAAAUUUAUCCUUUUUUGAAUUUUAUGUCUCACGGCAUCAUAGAGAGAGGUAAUGACCCGAAAUUCUGGAUAUAUACGUUUUUGCUGAUUGAGCAUUCAAUUUUUUGAAAACCAAGUUUCUAAGAUUACUGUAACAUAAGUACAUUAAAACCGGUCGAUAAAAAUCGACCGUCCCAAGGCCAUUCGGCAAAAACAGAAAACGGAUUCUUACUAAAUUUUGUACGCUCUUUCAGAAUUUGUGGGUCUCAUGUUGAAAGCUCACGGACAGUUCAAACCAUUUCCUUGUUAGUUUUUUUCACUUACAAGGGCUCGGCAAAACCUCGUCCCCUGGUUUUUUCUUGAAACAUACACCAUUUGAAAGAGCGUAAAAAACUGGUCUAGAAGCAACUUUUAUUAGCUGCUAUUAUCCACUUACGCGCUGGCUAGCGAGAAUUUUUUAGUUCUAGGCUAGUCUCACCCUGCUUUUGAGAAAACAAACGCGAUCGGUUUCAAAAGCAAACCGAAGCAGUGCUUCGGUGGCCUAAUGGGGAAAGGCGCUGCUCAAGGACCUGCGAAGCGGGUUCGAAUGCUCUUUUGAAUUUUUUUAUUUUUCUGGCUAGUAUGGAACAAAUAGAGUCAGAAAGUUGUGUUUAAUUUUUGACUAGACUUUUGUGUAUACUCAGGUCCAUUUAAAAAAAACUACAACUAUUUUGUUUUUUUUUAUUUUGGCCUCUUUGACCUACCUUGUAGUGGGGCAUCCUGGGUGGUUGAAACUUUCAAAGGCUUUCAUAUUUUUUAUAGGAAUGCCCGCUAACGAAAAGUACGCAAAAAUUGAGUUUGAAAACAUCUUACAUGUUUGGAACAUCUUCGUUUGUCUUGAGUUACAGGACCUAAAACAUCGCGCAAUCACUGAUUGAGUAUGUCAACUUGAAUGUCUCAAACUCAGAAAACCUUUUGUAUUUUUUGACAUAGGUUGAAGCGUUCAACCUCAUAAAUGACUACUAUUUAUAUGAAAAGUGAUUAUUCGAUCUCGUUCAUGUCUCAGAAGCAAAGAGUUCCAAAAUCCAAUUUGAAAAUUUUAAAAAAUGCCCGCUAGCCAGCCCGUAAGUGGAUAAUAGCAGCUAAUUCAAGGUGAUCCUAGACCAGUUUUUUACGCUCUUUCGAAUGGUAUAUGUUUCAAGAUAAAACCAGGGGACGAGGUUUUGCCGAGCCCUUGUUAGAGUUGGAGGUAUUUUGCCACAUUUUUUGAUACUUGCUCGAUGCAAAAUGGUUUGUUUUCUGCCACUGGAUCAGGUCCCCCACUGUAGCUUCUUUUUUCAGGGUGAUGAAAAGAAGGAAGAGAAGAAAGAGGAGGAGGUGAAAGAAGGCUCAAAGAAGGAGGAGAAGAAGGAGGGCUCUAAGAAGGAGGGCUCUAAGAAAGAGGGCUCUAAGAAGGAAGGAUCUAAGAAGGAGGGCUCCAAGAAGGACGGGUCGAAGAAGGGCGGCUCUAAGAAGGAGGCCAAGGGUGGUUCAAAGAAGGAGGGCUCCAAAAAGGAGGAGAAGAAGGAGGCCUCGAAGAAAGAGGAAAAGAAGGAAGAGAAGAAAGAGGGCUCCAAGAAAGAAGAGAAGAAGGAGGAGAAGAAGGAAGGUUCCAAGAAGGAGGAGAAGAAGGAAGGCUCCAAGAAAGAGGAGAAAAAAGAAGGCUCCAAGAAGGAAGAGAAGAAGGACGGAUCGAAAAAAGAAGGAUCAAAGAAGGAAGAGUCCAAGAUGGGUGACAAGAAGGAUGAUGACAAAAAGGAAGAUGACAAGAAGGAGGAUGAUAAAAAAGAGGAAGAGAAAGAGGUAAUAGAACCGUAUCUUCUUUUUGUUAAAUGAAUUUCAAGAAGUUUUAAGUUCCAAAAGUUUGAAGAUCGUUUGUGUUGAAUUUGUUCUUUUUUUGAUAUUAGACUAGGCUAAAUAAUGGAAAAUGCUCAAAAAUUGAGAUUUCUGCUUUCAGGAGGACAAGAAGGAGUAG